AUGGUAGGACGCCGGGCUUGUUACCCGGACUAUGUCGACUGGCUGGCGGAAUUGCGCCAUCAAGGCGGUUUUAAGUUCGUCACUCAGCCGAGAAAUUUCCCUCUGAAUACAGCGUUCACUAAUCAUCCCAAGGCUAGAUCUUAUGAAGAAAUAGCAGCGAGUGUGCUGAAGUCGACUAGAGUCACUGAUGCUAUACUGGAGCAGGCAAGAACAACCGGUGAGUCAGUCGCUACUCUCCAAUCUGAAGCUGAGAAGACUCUGCGAACAAUGGCACAUAAUUGGGGGCUUCAAAGCACCAGAAUGUUUGGCUACAGUGUCGCAAAAGUGCUGGAUCGCAUAUUUGAUGCCAUUUACGUGAACUCGAGUCAAGUGAAACGAAUACGAGAGCUUUGCAAAAGUACUUCUGUAGUGUUUAUGCCGUCACACAGGACCUACUUAGACUUUAUACUCCUGUCGCUGUUUUGCUUCGAAUACGAGGUCCCUUUACCCGCCAUCGCUGCUGGCAUGGACUUUAUGAACUCUUGGUUUAUGAGCGAAGUUUUACGAAGAAGCGGGGCAUUCUACAUUAGACGAUCUAUUGGGGAGGAUAGAUUAUACUGGGCAAUACUAUCGGAGUACGUGGAGACACACAUCAUCCACUCUGACAGACCAGUAGAAUUCUUCGUUGAGGCUACAAGAAGCCGUGUGGGCAAGAGUCUUCAUCCAAAAUAUGGACUUCUACAAAUUGUUCUUGAACCAUAUCUACGCGGGAAAGUUUACGACAUCGCCGUUGUCCCCGUCACGAUGAAUUACGACAAAUUAUUAGAGGAGAUGUUGUACUCCUACGAGUUGCUUGGGUUCCCCAAGCCGAAAGAAUCAACAUCAGGUUUAUUCAAAGCCCGAGAAUUUCUCAAUAAACGGUUUGGUAGAUGCUUUGUUACAUUUGGUGAGCCAAUUUCGGUUCGUGACUACUUUGGAAUGUCACUCCAUCGAUCUCAAUUUGUAUGUCAGCCAGACUCACAAUUUGUAUUAACGCGUGAUCAGCGCGAUCAAAUCAAGAAGUUUGCUCAUGUUGUAGUUGGCAAGUUGGAUAGCAAUGCCGUCAUAACUCUCUGGGCCUUAGCAUGUACAGCGAUGACACAGCUUCUUUCGAUGAAUGACGACGUUGUUUUCACAUAUAAGCAAAUUCACUGCGAAGUGCUGAAACUGCUUCGGCUCCUGAAUUCUCUUGACGUCACUAUCAACAUCGCAGUAUCCGUGAACGAAGAUCUUAGGUACUACUUAUCAUUGCAUUCGGACUUGUUUGAGACUGUAGAUAUGACCGAUGAAGACUUCAAACUCAAGCUUCUUGACUUUCGAGUAGAGAAGAAUGGGAAUGUCUGCAGAGAAAUCAUGGAGAAGUCUAUAUCGCGAUUACUGCUUGCCACAUAUUCUAACACGAUGAUGCACUCCGUAUGCGAUUUUGGUUGUGUCGCAGCAUUACUACUGGGCAAAAAGAUAUCCACAAUGAAGUUGAUGGAGGAGCAGUACCGUUUCCUGCGAAAGAUAUUGGAAAGAGAAUUUGUUUACGUGCCGGGUAGUGAGUCCAGUCGUCUUCAAGAGACGUUGAAGCAGCUUCACCUGGCUAAGAUCAUAGCCAUCAGUGCAGAAAACAUCAAAAUUACCAAUCACGAACACUUAUCAGAACUAUGGAAAAUGAUCUCGCCUUACAUACAACAUUUUGCACUGGUGCUUGAAGCUUUAAUAGAAGCUGGAUUGCCGUCUUACACCAUCAAGGAUGUUCUAUUGCUGUCGCAAAAAUACAUAGCUGAGCUAUACAACUGCAAAACACGUCCACACAUUCUCCUUUCCUUCUUGUCAACAGAACCCAUCAAAAACGCUGGCCUCAUGCUGAUGUCCCAAAAUGUGCUUUUGCUCAAGGGAGCUCGAUAUACACUUGAUGAAUCUGCGGCUGUCAAGCUUCUGAACGAUCUCUCUGCGCUGACAACUUACGGGUCCACAUUGCGCAAAUCACCGCAGCAGGCAAAACUCUAG